GGCAGCAUCAGUCUCCUGGAUCCUGGGUGUGUGCAGUCACUUCAAUCAAGAGUCUGGGACUGUAAACACAAGGAACGGAUCAACGUGAGUCCACCUGUGCCUGUCACCUGGUUUGAAAACUUCUUCUCCUUCUCCACCGGACGGACAGAGAAUGGGAAACUAUCCGAGCUAGUUUCUGAAGAGGACACAAAUUUAGGGGGGGGAACUGUGCUAAAAUUGCCAGGUUGAGCCUUCAGUCACACCAUUUACCUCCAGAGAAGGAACAGGGGCACAGGGAAGAUGCAGACCUUCCUGAAAGGCCGGAGAGUCGGCUACUGGCUCAGCGAGAAGAAGAUGAAGAAGCUUAAUUUUCAGGCCUUUGCUGAUUUGUGCAGGAAAAGAGGAAUAGAAGUUGUUCAGCUGGACCUCAGCCAGCCUCUGGAGGAGCAGGGUCCCCUGGACGUCAUCAUCCACAAACUGACAGACCUCAUCCUGGAGGCUGACCAGAAUGAUUCACAGGCUGUGCUGCUGGUGCAAAGAGUACAAGACUACAUUGAUGCCCACCCUGAGACCAUUAUACUGGACCCCCUUCCAGCCAUCCGAACUCUGCUGGAUCGCUGCAAGUCCUACCAGCUCAUCCACAGGAUAGAGAGCUGUAUGCAAGAUGAGAGAAUUUGCUCUCCUCCAUUCAUGGUCCUGAACUCGGAGUGCAGCCCAGAUGUGCUGGAGCAGAUCAAGAGGCAAGGACUCACAUUCCCCUUCAUUUGCAAAACACGGGUUGCUCAUGGAACCAACUCCCACGAGAUGGCCAUUAUCUUCAGUGAAGAGGACCUGAAUGACGUGAAGCCUCCUUGUGUGAUCCAGAGCUUCAUCAACCACAACGCAGUGCUCUACAAGGUGUUUGUAGUGGGAGACUCCUACACUGUGGUGGAGAGACCUUCACUGAAGAACUUCCCCGCUGGACCGGCAGACAGGAAAGCAAUUUUCUUCAACAGCCACAAUGUUUCCAAACCAGAGUCGUCCUCAGACUUGACCACAAGAGAGAACGUGGAGGGAGUGUCUCAGCCACCCAGUGAUGAUGUCAUCAGAGAGUUGUCCAGGUCAUUGCGGCAGGCGCUGGGCGUGUCCCUGUUUGGUAUCGACGUCAUCAUCAACAACCAAACAGGCCAACAUGCCGUCAUUGACAUCAAUGCAUUCCCUGGUUAUGAGGGCGUCCCAGAGUUUUUCAAUGACCUCCUGAACCACAUCACCAGCGUGCUUCAGAGCCACAACCCAGACUUCGCCCCUGCCAGCGAGCAGCCCAAAGGCACCACGGUACCUAACGCCGCCACACCGGCCCCCGGCUGCUGCAGCAUGCUGGGAAAAGAGGCCAGCGGCAGCCCCUGGAUCGUAGAGGGCGACGGAGGGCUAAAGGGCCCUCGUCAGAGACUGGGCUGCAACUCGGCUAUGUCUCCCAACUUCCAGCAGCACUGUGUUUCCACAAUAGCUACCAAGGCUUCCUCCCAGUGACUGAUCCCCUGCCCCCACUCCGUUUGAUCCCUGAACAAAAAACGGAUGACAAUGGUGACAAUAAUAAUGAAUAAUAAUCAUAAUAAUUAUGAUGUUGAUAAUAUAUCUAAUCAAAAAAACCUUUUCCUAUAUAGUUAUUGAAAAUGAUGGUGAUUGGGUGUAAGCAUUUUUCUCUCUGCCUUUUUGUAUUUUUCGUUUUGUCUAAUGAGACUUAACAGUACUGUAAUGUGAACUUUUGGGAACUUUUGCCUAAUAGCUGAUUUUAUUUUUCUCUCUCGUGUGAGUUCUCUAAUGAAAAAGGGUCCAGAUGAGGUAGCUAAUGGGAAUGGUCGAAUCAGCAGUGGAGAAAGAUGGGCCACUAGAUGUGCAAUGUAUGAUCUGUUGUAUCUCUCUCUCUCUCACACACACACACACACACGCACACACACGCAGGUACGUUUACAUUGUGACGGGCCGUGCCAGUGAUGUGUAUUUGUAUUCUGGUCAAUACCACUGACUCCCUCGGCACAAAGUGAGGGGGAGAAAAGGUGGCUGGACAUUUGAACACUACUCCGCAGAUCCCGGGCUGCUAUGUGACUGUGGCAAACUGAUGGCAGAGGACAUAAUGAGUCUGAACAUGAACGGCAAGAUAGUUUUGGGUUUCAUUAGUUUAAACAAACAGGUAAGCCGUUUACUUUUCCGAGUGCCAUCAAAUUUACUUUGAGCGUAGGAAGGACGCCUGCAGAAAAAAACAUGAUCUUCAGUGAUUAAAAAGAAAGAAAGUAAAUGUCCGUGGCCAUGUGACCAAGUUUGUUUUUUUUGAUGAUGUUGCACCAAUGUUUAUAGGUCUUUGAGCGUUUUACUGUAUGUCGGAUGCCGGAUGUUAGGUGUUCAACAAACAAACCGCGUCCUUGUUUGAGUCCCAGUUUGAGUCGCUCCAGUACAGGAAGACGAGGAUCACAUUCCCUUUUUGUGUUUGUGGAUGUUUUCAGAGAAUUCCAUGAUUUUUCAGAAUUCCAAGUGGGAUCUUGUGAGACUCUCAUCACUUCAUGGGUUUGUAGUCUCCUUAAACAGACUCUCCACGUGUCUUCAAUGCUUAUAUCUGUAAUGUGAGCAAACUACACUCUUGAGGCCAACUUGACUUAGGGCCAAUCUGAAAAUAAAUUAUUCCACUAAAAUGAAGGUAAAAUGUGUGUUUUAAUACCCACCAAUUGGGUAUUAAUUAUUUUGAUACCAUUAAAUGACAACAGUUAUAGAUAACAAAGGAAUUUGUUCAGCUUUAUUACCUCUGAUUUAAUUUCCCUCUAACAGCACUUAUUACAAAAUGUAGUUAAAGAAACCUUCAGUCCCGUUAGUUCAUUUGCUUCAAGCUUAAAUUCUCCGACCUGUCUUCUGUUCCAGCUGCUGUAUUUGUGUCACAUGUUAAAAUCAUUAGGAGGGGAAGUGGGGGAAGACAGUCCAGCUCUUGUUCCCAGUGUUCACUGUGAGAUUUUUUUACUUCAAUUUUGUUAAUAUCUUUGUCCUGAUAUCUACUAAGAGCAACUUUAUUUUAUUGAGAUUUUAUGGGGGAAAAUGUUUUAUAUAAAUGAAAUGAAAGCAUGGGCUGUUUUUGAACAAACAGUGGAUAUUUACAAGAGCUAUGGUAGAAAUGGGUCUGGCUAUACAGGUGGUGUCAAAGGGACAGAUGAGCUUGUGGUUGAUGCUGUUGUCUCCCUCUAGCAUCUAGUGGGAAAGAGUGCCAACCUGCAAUGCAAACAGAUUUUUGCAUUCCUCUGAGCCUGCUGCUUCUCUUGUCCCAGAGAGCUCCUCCUAGCUGUUUUAUUUCCUCCAUCAGUUUCUGAGGGGAACUGACUGUCCUCUUGCUCAUCCUGUGGUGAUAAACAAGUGUGUCAGCACAGCCAUCUCACCAGCAUCUCUCUGGGACCAAAGAAUACCAAUGACAUUAUGAAAACUGGUUUUCUCUAGACGCAUCAUAUUUAUGAGAAUAUUUCCACAACACAGGUUAGUAUCCUGUUUUAAUCUCUCAUAAUGUGUCAUGAAGUGACAAUAAAUUCAAAAUAUGAUAUAAUAUUCAAAAUGCAAAGGUAUUGCAGCAGGUUCAGGGGAACCUUUCACAUCCUUUUCCCCAAUUCCUCAUCUAGAAAUGGGUGCAAAGUUUUGGGUGUGUCCCUGUUUAGGCUGAUAUCUGUGUACACCACUGAAAUUGUGUGUCCUAUGUUGUGUUCCUUAACGUGCUUCUAAAUGGGAAAUAAAUGGUUAAUCCUACCCUUUGUCAUUUCUGCAACCCAGACAGUCAUCAUGCUCCCAGCUUCCACCUGAAUGUUUACGUCUUGUACAGUACGUGUAUAUAUGCCUAGCCUAGGCUUACAGCCGUACAGUAUGUUUUGUAUCAGUUCUGUAAUUGAGAGAAAUCCACAAUUUUGUGACCUUUUUUUAAAUUAAAGGGCCAAACCAACAGGGUGAAAUAAACAUGAGAAACCUUA